GUUGCGCACCUGGAGCGCAGGUUUAGAACGUAGCCCUGUGGUUUUGUUUUGAUUAUAUUUUACUCUUGUAUUUCCAUUUCAAUUUUCAUGUUCAUUAGACCUUUUCCUGCACAGAAAUGGUUUUUUAAUAUCUCAUUUUCGUAUUUUGUUUCUACAAGGAGUAACAGUGUUUUGUGGUUUCUCCGUUUGUUGCUUAAAGCAAAUGAACUAGCGAAUACUACUUCAUCUUCUUAAUUUAUGAAAAUGAAUGUUAUAGAAAGUGCUGCAAUUAAUAUUUUAAAACGUGGUGUUGAGUUAGACACCAAAAAACGAUAUACAGAAGCUCUUAUUUGCUAUCAAGAAGGUCUUCAAAUCUUAGUAGAUAAAAUGAAAGCUGAACAAGAUGAUAACACAAGAAACUAUUUGCGGAAAAAGGUAGAAGAAUACAUGAACAGAGCGGAGACAAUUAAAAAGUUGGUGUUGCAACAAAAAGAAAAUGGCCAGUUUCAUGAACAGGUGCAUAUUGAAAACAAUUCAACUGGUCAUAGCUAUAAGACUUUAUUUGGUAGGUUUCUAGAUGAAGAUGUGGAGUUUAUAGUUGUGGAAGAUCCAUAUAUCCGUAGUUUUCAUCAAUGUCAAAACUUUCUUCGGCUUUGUGAAUUAGCUGUUCGUUCAUGUAAUAAUUUGAGGCAUAUACAAUUAGUCACAUCCAAAGAUAACAAAUCUGAGAGUGACCAAAGAGACUGGUUCAGCAAUCUAUCAAAUGAUUUGUAUAAAUAUAAAGUAAAACUAAUUGUACAAUAUUCAGAAACAUUACAUGACAGACAAAUUGUAUUAAGCUCUGGUUGGAUAAUAAAAAUUGGAAGAGGCCUUGACUUCUACAAAGCACCUGAAAACAAAUUUUGCUUAGGUGUCUAUGAUAUGGAUUUGAGGCCAUGCCAUGAGACAACUGUGGAUAUAGUGCACUCUAAAAAUGUGAAACAGUCAUAUGGAUGAUCUUAUUCUAUUUUAAGUGUAAAUAUUGUAAUAAUUAUAUUCAUUAAAUCAAAUUAUUUUAAGUAUAAAAUGAUUUUAUUGUGAGCUUUAUUCAAGUUUGCUUUACCUAUUAGUAUUGAGAUGUCUUGUGUUAUCAUUAUGUUGUACAAUUUAAUAUGAUUUAAUAAAAAAAUUAAGUGCAAGUCUGACCAGGCUUCAUUCAAUCUGUUGACAUAUCAGCAUAAAAACUUUUCAUUAUUACUAUUUUAAAUAGUCACUGUUUCUGAUUAUAAAUUAAGUUAUUUCAUUCAGUGUUAUACAGUGUAUACAGAAUAGUAACUUGUUAUUUUGAUAGAAGAUUUAUAGGUAUUUCCUUAACUAGUGGUAAGAAAAAAAUGUUGGACAUUAAAAGUUAACAUUUCAAGUUAUUGUAAGUUUCCAAUAUAAAUAAAAAUAUUUUUAUUUUAUUACACGAUGUUGCUGAUUUCAUUUUAAGUAUUUACUUGAUAAUUUGUAAGCAACCAAUGAAAAUGGUAGGUAUCCAGUGCACUAACUCUGACUGCUUAUUGAAAACUUGGAUUUGGGAUGCAACACAAUCAAAGCAUAUUAUCAUUGAGGUACCGAGUAUCUUAUCCAAUAUAUAAUAGUUUUCACGCACAUCACUCAUUUAAUAACACAAGUUGUAACGGUAUAGAUGCACUGAUUUUA